CGCUCAACUUUGAAGAAAUCAGCAACGAGCAACCACCGCAAGGAAAACGAGUACCUUAUUUUAUUUUUCUGAAAAGAAGCAGCAGCAGCAGCAGCAGCUCUGUUUCAAUUUCAUACCCUGUUUUCUUGUAUGGAAAGAGAGAAAAGUAAAGCUUACAUUAACGGCGAAGAUGAAGAACAAGAAGAUGAGAAGAUGGAGGAGUUCUUUGCCUUAAUAAGGAAUUUUAAAGAGGCACGUGAUAGAAGAAGAAAUGAGCUGAAACAAAUGGAGACGAAGACGAUGAAGGGGGAAAACAAGGUAAGGAGGCUAAACAACAAUGAGCAACCGAGUUGGGUUCCGAGUUUUGAAUGGGCUGAUUUUAAUGAAGAAAUCGAGUUUCGAAAACCGCCUAUUAUUUACCCAACACCAAACAACGGCGACGAUGACAAUAAGAAAAAACAGCAACAACAUGAUGAGGAAGACGAUGGUUUAGAUCUUAAGCUCACCCUUUAGCCUUUUUUUUUUUUUGGUUUAAAACAAUGUUAAUUACUAAGUAUUUUUAAUGGAAUUAAAUUUAGGUUUUCGUUAUUCAUGUUUUGAUGUCUGGGAUUUUAAAAUCUGGUAUUUGGUUUCAUCGACGAAGAAAAAGGGCUUGGUUUCUAUGAGUGGAAAUAUGGUCCCCGUAAAAUCGUUUUCGGUUCGAUUCGGUUUUAUAAAGUAAGAUAAAAAGCGUUGGUUCGGUUCGGUUUUAAUUUGGGUGGGUAUUUGGUUUCAUCGACGAAGAAAAAGGGCUUGGUUUCUAUGAGUGGAAAUAUGGUCCCCGUAAAAUCGUUUUCGGUUCGAUUCGGUUUUAUAAAGUAAGAUAAAAAGCGUUGGUUCGGUUCGGUUUUAAUUUGGGUGGGAAAUAUUUCCUCCGCAAGGAUAGGACCCCUAAUGUGUGCAGAUUUUUUUUCAUCUGUUUAGGGUUAAUUUAUCAAAAUUGAUAUUAUAAUUUUAUUUCAUUUUAA